CUCGGCUCCACCUUUCCGGCCGUCUCCAUGGCAUCGGGGGCGGGGGGUGUUUUAAGACGUCCCGGAGACCAUUGCGGGUGAUUGCCUUCCUUUUCGAAGUCGGCGAGGCUAAAGAGUACAAAACCGGGGCAAACAACUGACGAUGUCAUCCUGUUUGGCUCAGGAGGUUCACCUGGCUAGAAGACACGAGGAGAUACUGUCUCAGAGAUCAGAGCUGCUACAGCAGAUGGAGACUUAUCUAAGAGACAAAAAGACUAAAAAGACAUGGCAAACUGAAGCAGCUGAUGCAGCUUGUAAAAGGAAUGCAGCACUUUUAAAUGAUAUAGAAGCAGCAGAAAAAAGGCUGCAAGAAAGAAUGUAUUUACUUCCACAUCCUGAUACUGUUAAGUUAGAAGGUCAACAGUUUAUCAGCACGAACAGAGAAAAUUUCACAUCAAUUAUUUUAGAGUUGUGUGGAAGCUCAUGAAGAGUACUGCAGCAGGAACACUCAGUUCUUUUUUCCCUCUCAACCUGCAGUCCCUAAAGCAUUACUCCAAGAUAUAAAUUUGGAGCAGGCUCCCAUCUGUGUCUUGCCCAGUGGUUUGUGUGUGCUGUGUGGUGGAUGGGGCUCCCAGAGGCACAGGAGCAGUGUCCCGGGGCUCUGUCAGAGCAGGGCGCAGGGCCAGGUUCAGCACUGACAGUGUGAGGAGAGGUGCACUGAGCCUGAGCCUCACACCUGCUGGCCAAGUGUUGGCAUGCUUAGGCUAGUGCUUAAAGGAGAGGCAUCCCUCCUUGUUGUGGUUCCUGUUCAAAGUUUUCAUCUGUCAUUGCGUUUUGUGAAUAGCCUGCUGUGACUGUGACAGGGUGCACACUGGGUAUGCCCCUGCAGUGGCUUCUUUAUUAUUUUUAAGACAUUUUUAGGAUACCUGUACAUUUUGAAUGAUGCUAAGGAAGAUGCCAACCUACUAAUAUUAAAUGUUAAACCUGUUUUGACGGUGUUCAGAAGUACUUUUAGACUCUUCAAUGACUUUGGAGACACCACUAGGGUUGUUUGGGUCAGUUAUUCCCGUGGCAGGUGUGAAGCUGCUUGUCGAGCAAAGUCCACACAAAUUGGAGGCUGCAGAAUGUCUGCACUCUGCAGCAGUGGUGAAAUUUUGGAGAGAGCAGAGUUACUAUUUGAAGGAGAAGAUCCUAUUUCAGCUUUUUUUUUUUUGUACUUCUAGAGAAGAGUGCUAUAAAUAGUGGAAAAAGAAAACUUUCUUUCAUGGUACAAAAUUCUUGUGCAUGCUUUGUUCCAAAACACUUCUGAGCAUAUUUCACUCAGCCAUAUAUGUGUCUGUAUUAAUAUACUCUGAAAGUUAUGGCUAUAAUGGAUCCCCAGCUUGCUGAGUCGGAGUAGUUUUGUGUGACAGCACAUAUGCUUGUCAAAAAAGAUUCUUUGAGUAAAUCUGUUGAAGAAAAUAUUUUUGUAAACCUGCAAGAGCCAUAGUUAUAUCUGAGUUACAUAUAAGGAUUGAAAUGAUUAGCCAGGAAUCUAAUACUUUGCAGAGAGAUCUUCAAUUUUAUGCUGCAUUUUUGCUUCAUUAUAUACUUAAGUAAAGAAAAAAGGCUCACUACAUAUGUAUCAUAACUGUUUUCUACUGUAAAAUUACGUUUUUCUGAAUGGACAUCAAUGGCAAAAAAUACAUAUGUGGAUGGAUUAAAGUGUUAUCUUAGCACACUUCUUAGAGCACGUUAUUUUGUGGGAAAAUGAUACCUGGCACUUAAAAUUUUCCUGAAAAUCCUAUAAACAGUUAUCCUUAGGAUACCUGUGAUGAAUGAUGAAAAUGAUGAAUGAUUAAUAACCAGAUAAAUAAUACGUUACAUUUAUUACUCAGAGGCACAGUGUAAAGCAAGAGGAAGGAUUAGAUGAUCCACAGUGAUUCUCCUGACCACAUGCUAAAUAUACAUCACCUUUUUAUUAUUAUUUUAAUUUGUGAUCCAAAUACUGGAGAUAAUUACUGCAUCAGUGAGUUAUCAAGUCUAAAAUUUUACUCAAAGAUUUUGAACUAUAGUUCCAUAUAGUACUGUAAAUUUCUCUAGGAUUAUCAGUUUACAUUGGUAAAUGUGCAGCUUUCAUUUCUGACAUUUUUUCCACUGCAAAAUGAAAUUCCAGUAACAUACAUACUUAAAUAUAAAAGCUGCUCUUGGAAGAGUAUAUAACCAUGGAAAAUAGUUUAUUAAAGGUACUGUAAGGUCUAAACUGAUGUGUUGCUUACCACAAGAGGGCACAUUCAGUCACUUCACAGUUUGUCCUGCAGAAUGAAAUAUUUCCAAGCUGAUAUUUCAUAUCAUAUAAGAGAUUAAGAAAUUCAUAUGUUAAGUACGUUGUUCUUUUCUGAAUUGCUUUACUCUUCAAGUAAGAUUUAAAAAUGCAUUGAAUUUCUAUAUUGUUUUUAACUGGCUGGCACAUGUUUUGAAAUUAAGUUUAUUU